AUGAUGCUGAAUGAAUUGACAAAAUUAGACGAAGAAAGGUUGCGCGUGUUAGAAGUCUUGAGGAGGCAGAAGGAGAGAGUAGCGAGAGCAUAUAACAAAAAGGUCAAAGGUGAAACUUUUAUUAUAAAUGAUUUAGUUUGGAAAGUUAUAUUACCUAUGGAUAAAAAGAAUAAGGCUUUGGGAAAAUGGUCUCCACAUUGGGAAGGACCUUUUCGAAUUCUGGAAGCAUUUUCAAAUAAUGCUUAUGAGAUAGAAGAACUAGCAGAGGAUCGAAGGAUGCUAAAAGCAAAUGGGAAGUAUUUAAAGAAAUAUAAGCCAUUUAUGCAUGAGGUCAAGAUUGCAACAACGUAG